AUGUUGAGCCGAGCUCUUCUUCGUUCUUCCUCUUCAUCGUCAUCAAAGGUAUUUUCGGGUGUUGCUGUUUCCACUCAUCAUCACUCGGCAAUCAUUUCUCUCUCAUCAGUAAAUAGUAUUCAAAAAUGUUCCUACAAGAAACAUCAGUUUGAUGAGGAUGAAUUGAAUUUGGCUGAACAAAACGAACAUGAAUUAACAAGACCUUUGAGAACCUUUAGAAAUGAGGAGAGAAGACUCUACAAGGAAGCAAUGGCCAUCAAAGAGGCCACUGAAAAAUACAAGAAUGCCGAGUUAAAAUACGAUGAGAACGGAAACCCUUUUCUUGAAUUACCCAAAGAGGAACCACUCUCUUAUGAUGAGUAUAUGGCUGGUUUGCAAGCAAAAGAGUCCUCACCAACUUAUCCGUGGGUACUCGGAGUUCAAGUUCGUCAAGCACUUUAUGAAGUAGAAAAGGGAGCUGCAGCAUCCUAUGUACCACUUUCAAAAUAUCACAAGGAAGAUUUACGCGUUUUUCAAGUUGCCAAGAAGUUGGGUACCAUAUGGCAAGAGUCAGAUUCUAAAAAACCAAUCACAAGCGAGGAUAUUGAAAGUGCUUUCAACUUGUACAAAGAUCAUUGCGAAAGAAUCAAAAUGAUGAAGAGCGAAUACUCUUUGGAAUAUACUAGAUUAUUGAAAGUUCUUAUUAAUAUGGUUUUGGUCAACAGAGAUUAUUGCCAGUAUGCUAAACAAACCCUCAAUGCAUCAACAAAGAAAUACAAAAGAGAUGUGCAAGGUAUUGAAGCAGAUAUUGAGGCAAAAUUGAGAGAUUAUGAGUCCAAACAAAGCGACCAAGAUAGACUUUUAAUGAUUCACAUGCCUUCAUACACGAUUCAAUCCAUUUCCAAGAUGGGUAAUAUUUUGGAUGCAUACGAGAACAUGAUCGUGCAAUGUGUGAAAUUAAUGUAUCCUGAAAGAUGUUCCAUUUAUGAUAUGGAGUUAUGUAAGAAGCUUCUCUAUAUUUGCCGUACCUCAACCGCUUCAAGUCUGGUUGAACGCAGAAAGGAGCUUACCGAUAUUUCAAAGGCUCACUAUGACAGAGACACUCUCUUCCAUAAUGCCGUGGUUCUUUGCAAGGAGUCUGAACAGAACGAAAGAAUUGUCAAUGAACCUUAUGAAUUAGAAAGACCAAUUUUGUAA